AUGGAUGAGAACGAGCUUUGGGGUCCCGGGUGCAAUGUCAGCGUCACAAACGGGACCCCAGCGGGGAUAUUUGACUUGUUCAGCGAUGACGUCGCCUUGGUCUCAUCGGAUGUUUCGUUCGGCAUAAGAAUAUUCAUCACCACGGUCUACCUGUUGGUGUGCGCGGCGGGCCUCUUGGGAAACAGCCUGGUGAUGUACCUCAUUUGGAUCCAGAAGGACAGGUCCAGGACCGCCAUUAACGUCAUGGUCUUUGGCCUCGCAGCCGCCGACUUCCAGUUCUCCCUGAUGCUGCCUUUCUGGGCCACAGAGGUGGCGCUGGAUUUCCAGUGGCCCUUCGGCCAAGCAAUGUGCAAAGCCGUCCCUUCCCUGACCCUUCUGAGCAUCUACGCCAACGUCUUCUUGCUCACGGCCAUGGGAGUCACUCGCUACUGGUCGGUCGUCUCCGCUGUGAAGGAUGGGUUAAGGAUGACACCCCGAGCGGCCAAGUGCAUCACUGCCGUCCUUUGGGCCGUGGCAGUGGGAGCCACCGUACCGACAACCGUCUAUGCCGGAGUGGUAAGCAUUGCCGGGGUAGAACUCUGCCUCUUCCAAUUCCCCAGCCCGUAUCACUUGGGGAUCUACCAACUCCAGAGAGUGGUGUUCACCUUCGUGAUCCCUUUAGUGGUCAUCUCGACUGCCUACCUCCACCUCCUCCAGUUUCUCAAACUUCACCACAUUCCCAGCCGCAGCCUAACGCGGCAUAACCAGGUCGCCGCCACCGUCCGCUUGGUGGUCGGCUGCUUCUUUGUCUGCUGGUUCCCUAACCACGUGGUCACUCUCUGGGGCAUUCUGGUGAAAUUCAGGGUUCUUCCCAUGGACGACACCUUCCACUAUCUCCACACUUACGUCUUCCCCCUGACCACUUGCUUGGCUCACGCCAACAGCUGCCUCAACCCCAUCCUCUACUGCCUGAUCCGCCGCGAGUUCCAAGAAGCGAUGAAGGAUACCUUCCGCAGGCUGUCCUCCAUCGCCUCCUACCAGCUGUUCUCCUCCCACAAGACCUGGGAGGAGGGGGCGCUGGAGGUCCUGCCUCUCGGCCCCUCCGAUCUCCCCCACAAUCCUCAAAGCGGAACCAAGGAAGAUACUGGCUCCUCUACCGUCUUGGAUACAGAGAAAGCGGACUCUGCUGGUGCUGGAGGACUCGGAGUAGCAUCUUCUGGGCCGUGA